UUUGUAAACAUUUGUAAAUUGUACUGAAAUAACUCGCUAUUCCAACAAUUCAAGAUGCCAAUCGUCCGAUCAGAGAAAACCUACAAGGAUGUUUACUCAUACAAGGACAGAGUACCGUCAGAAAACCACACUGGCACCAACAAAUUUGCAGGAAAGUGGCUCGAAAAUGACGUGCAAGAGUUAACAAUGAAUGAAGGAAAGUCCGCAUUUCAUCAUGAACACGGCCAACUGAUCAACAACUCAUACAAAGUUCUCCAGAGGUUUGCCAUGCUUUACGAAAGCCAGGAAUUCUGUGAUAUUCAACUUAUCGUUGGGCAACAGGUGCAUUUUGCACAUAAGCUCAUCCUGUGUCAAUCUAGCAAAGUAUUUCUCGUGAUGCUCAGAAGCCCCAUGUGGCCUGAGUCUCAGGGGAAUCAAGUUCUCUUGAAAGAGGAGCCAGAAUGCUGCCAGGUAUUUGGCCAGUUUCUCAGGUAUCUCUACACAGGUGUGAUUCAACUGACUCAUGAUAACGUCCUGCCGUUACUCAUUCUGGGCGACAAGUACUUCAUCGCUGAUCUGUCGCAGAUUUGUGUCAAUUAUAUGUGUGAACAUAUCGUGUCGGACAUAAACCAUAACAGAGCCGUUUCGUGGUAUCGUUAUGCGGUGUUGAAAGAGGAUAAAAGGCUCGCCGGAACAUGUAAGGAUUUCAUUACUUGGAACUUUCACAAAGUUCUCUCAACUGUGCAGUACCUACAAAUGGAAGCAGACGAACUGAUCCAAUUUCUUCGAUCUUCUGAAUUGGUGAUCCCAGAUGAAUACACGUUGUUCUCUUGUAUCAAGAACUGGAUUUUUCAGAGACAGCAUUUAGAUUGCGUCAAAUAUACUAACACUGCAUUGGAUAUCAUGUCAUGGAUCAGAUUUCCAAUGAUUCAAUCGAAUCAAUUGGUCAGUAUGCAAUCUGAUCCCAUCGUCGCGAUCCAUGAGGAAUUCUUCAUGGAAAAGAUAAGCAAUGCACUCAAUUAUCAUUCAUAUCCGAAAGAAAUCCGCAACCAUAUGGACUUGCCCUCAAAUCUAUUCUGUCCCGACGCUUUCAAACCGCGUAACUACACCAAUGAUUUCUGGGGCACUACCUUUUAUGUUGAACAUUUUCACUCUUUACAAAACUACUCGGUGCAGACUCUGAUGUUUUUUACCCCUGUGAGUGGCUCGGAGACCGAUGAAGAGACAACAUGGGAAUGGGCUGUUGACGUGUAUCCAAAGGGGGUACUGUUUCCCAAGUGUCUCAUGAUAGGCUGGACACAGAAUUACGAAAUUGAGGGUGCUGCCUACGAUACCGUACGCCUUGCCAUCAUGUCAAAAUCGACAGAACACAGAGCCGUCGAAAUUGUCCUGUUGGUCACCGGCGUCCAGGACAAUAUUGAAUUCACGAAAAAUGUCGUCAAGAAGAGAAUGGUCUUCGAUGAGGAUGAUAACGUGUAUAAUGUAAACGAUAUUGUACCAUACGUUGAAUUAAAUGACUGUCGGAGCUCAUACCUGUCUGGUGUCGACGGAGACGUGUUCAAGAUUACACUCAUAAUCAAACCAUGUUGUGAAUAAGACCGGGCUAGGUCGUUUUAAACUUGAAUGAUGCCGACUGAUACAAUGAGAGUAUUGUCAUUUUAGGUUUUAUUGUAACAUGUAUCAUGCAUGUGAAACUGUGCAGGUACAUGUAAUUUUCAUUAGAACUUAGAAAGGCCCCUUCAGAUGCCUGGAUAGGUCAUUUUAAACUUGAAUGAUGCUGACUGAUACAAUGAGAGUAUUGUCAUUUUAGGUUUUAUUGUAACAUGUAUCAGGCAUGUGAAACUGUGCAGGUACAUGUAAUUUUCAUUAGAACUUAGAAAAGGCACCUUCAGAUGCCUGGAUAGGUCAUUUUAAACUUGAAUGAUGCUGACUGAUACAAUGAGAGUAUUGUCAUUUUAGGUUUUAUUGUAACAUGUAUCAGGCAUGUGAAACUGUGCAGGUACAUGUAAUUUUCAUUAGAACUUAGAAAAGGCCCCUUCAGAUGCUUGGAUAGGUCAUUUUAAACUUGAAUGAUGCUGACUGAUACAAUGAGAGUAUUGUCAUUUUAGGUUUUAUUGUAACAUGUAUCAUGCAUGUGAAACUGUGCAGGUACAUGUAAUUUUCAUUCGAACUUAGAAAGGCCCCUUCAGAUGCCUGGAUAGGUCAUUUUAAACUUGAAUGAUGCUGACUGAUACAAGAGAGUAUCGUCAUUUUAGGUUUUAUUGUAACAUGUAUCAUGCAUGUGAAACUGUGCAGGUACAUGUAGUUUUCAUUAGAACUUAGAAAGGCCCCUUCAAAUGCUUGGAUAGGUCAUUUUAAACUUGAAUGAUGCUGACUGAUACAAUGAGAGUAUUGUCAUUUUAGGUUUUAUUGUAACAUGUAUCAGGCAUGUGAAACUGUGCAGGUACAUGUAAUUUUCAUUAGAACUUAGAAAAGGCCCCUUCAGAUGCUUGGAUAGGUCAUUUUAAACUUGAAUGAUGCUGACUGAUACAAUGAGAGUAUUGUCAUUUUAGGUUUUAUUGUAACAUGUAUCAGGCAUGUAGAACUGUGCAGGUAUAUGUAGUUUUCAUUAGAACUUAGAAAAGGCACCUUCAAACAUGUGCCAAACUUAGCCCAGUGACGUUCUGAUGGGAACGCAUAACAAAGCAUCCUUGACUGUUUCACGAAGAGAGAUUUCCUGAUGUUUGAAUAUAAUUUCCAGUUUAAAAACUCUAUUUUUUAAAAAAGGUUAAAGGGAACUGAAACCGCCAAGCCAGUUCCAGUUCCCUUUAAUCACUAAUAGAAGGCUACAAAAGGAUUUCUAUCUAAAUACAUGUACAUGUUACUGCUGAAGUAUGAACUUUUAAUUUUCGAGCUUUUAUAAGUUCAUGUGGGCUGGUUGAUGCUCCCAUGAGUGUGAUGAUAAAAUUAUGCAAUUCUCAUCCAUUUUAUUGAGAUCUGAGUGCGGUUUUCUUUCAUACAAAUCAUAGAAGUAUAGUACUAGAACCGAGGUUGAUCUGCCGACUUAAAGGUGAUGUACGUCUGUACUUCACCAAAUAAGGGCGAACGUCUCAGGGGUUUGUGUGCGGGGCCCGAGAAGCGAACAUUAACCCCUGAUUUCCUCAGGAUGAUUGAAGAAAGUAUUCAGUAAAUUAUAUUUGAUCACUUUGGUCUUUCAAGUAUUUCAACUGGUUAAAGAUAUUGUAAAUAAUACAUGUACCAGGCUAAUUAGAGAACAAUACCAAUAUAGGCUAAUUAGAGAAGUGAUUCGACCAGAGCACUAUUUACUACGUCAUGUGCAUGUAUGUGUGUUCCGUUUUUUAUACAUGCACAUGUAAUGCAUGUGCGCGUAUGAACGUGUAAUGCAUGUGCGUGCAUGCACAUGUAAUGCAUGAGUACGCAUGCACACGUAACGCAUGUGCACGCAUGCCAGUUAGAAAAGCCAAUGGCACGUCUUGUAAACCAUGAUGACUAUCUUUACUCAAUUUCUUGAUCUGUGAUUGCAUGCAUUUGGUUUUAUUGACUGUUUUUUCCGGCCAUGUCUUGUGCCAUUAUUAGUUUUAGAUAUUUGCUGGGUGAAAAGGUUACAGAUGGGUCGGUCCAUUAUUUGUGUUUCUUGUCAAUUUUUGUAAACAUAAGAUUGUUGAUAUAAAUAGAAUGCAUCCAGCUUUUUAGAUGCGCUAUUUUGACAUUUUUAAUUAACUUGUCGCUCACAAAUUGAAUAUUUAUAAGAAAUUAUUUUCGAAACAAGUCAUACUUUCAUGUACCGGUAAACUUACAUGUAAAACACUAUUAAAGCCAUUUAGCGGUAUACUUGUAGCUGUUUUCGUCACUGACAUAUGUUAACUCUGACAGAACU